GCCGUACAGUACAGUCCACCAGCCGCGACACAGGUGAUGCACUCGCGCAGAAACCAUCAAUGGGAAGAGAGGCAGAGCUAAUACUAGCUGCCCAGAAAGGCAACGUCCCACAGAUAGAGCGACUUCUUCAGGGCAAAAAAUCCGGCAUCACUACUUUCCGCUCCAAGGGUGUCAAUCCAAAUUGCCAGGACGAUUCCGGCUACACUCCGCUUCAUCACGCCGCGUUGAACGGCCAAAAAGAGGCGGUGAACGUGCUCCUUGACUACCACGCGUCCAAUCAAAUUCCGGACAACAGCGGAAACUGCCCUCUUCAUCUGGCUGCGUGGAAGGGCGACGUCGACAUUGCUCGUCUUCUCGUUCAUCGAGGACCGUCGAAGGCGACUGUCAACGAUCAGAAAUUGACACAUUCCCCGUGUAGCACUUGCUGCAGAAAACGUGUAGGUUGGAUUCGGUGCAAAUGCAAUCAGAAUUUGGAGAGAAACGAAAGCGCUAGAAGAAAUGUCAAUGGAGCAACAGCUUUACAUUCUGCUGCACAGCAUGGCCACAGUGGAGUGAUUGCAUUACUUCUACAGGCUGGAGCGGAUCCGACCCUGCGGAACGUAAAGCAAGAGUCGGCACUUGAUCUUAGUUCUCAGUAUGACAGACUUGAGUGUGUGAAACUGCUGCUUGCUCAUCAACCGAAUCUUGUUCUUCAAAAUUCUAAACGACACACUCCCAUCCAUUUGGCUGCAAAGAAUGGACACAAGGACAUGGUGGAGUUGCUUUUGAAGCAUGGAAUGGAUGUCAAUGUUAAGACACAUUCUGGAUCGUGUCUCCAUGAUGCUAGUCUGUAUGGAAGAGUCGAUGUAGUCCAGCUUUUACUAAAACACGAGAUUGAUCUUGGGAUUACUGGUUCGUCUGGUAGCACAGCAAUAGACAUUCUUGACGGUCAUAACUCUCAGAAAGCUGCAGAUAUACGGAAACUCUUACAAGAAUAUGCUGUGAAUAAAGGCUUGGAACGUCAUAAAAGACAGAGUGAAUUGUUGGCUCGUCAAUCACUGAUGGACUUUGGCUUGCCUGUCUCGAAUGGUACAGCGCAGAAUGUGUCACAGACACAACAUGAUCCUUUUGGACCAAUUCCUGCUCCAAGAAAGACAGAAUCAGACAUACUUACUGCUGACUAUGCCUUGCUAGGAGAAGACGUUCCCACUGCAUCAACGACUGCCCCGGUUCCUAGACCUCGAGAUCGAACAAAGUCAGUGCCACCUGUUAGCCACAAAGUUCCGAUUCUGGAUCGGCUUCGUUCUGUCAGCCAGUCGCCAACUCGUAUUGACAUUGAUAAUCAUUCAUUAUUUGAUGAUUCGAGCAGCCUGAAUUGGCAAACGUUUGAACGUCAUCAGACGAUGGACAGCUAUCACAGCGUUGACAGUUCGAGUUCUCCAUCAGACAUUCCUCCGAUGCUUCCAGCAAAGCGCCGAAACACACCCGCCAAGCCGGUUAGGAAAUUUCUAUAUGGAAACGAAGAGGUCUCUGACAAGAACUUGUCUUCGGUGCCUGACGAGAAAGUGAUCGAGGAAUCACCGCUUUCUACUACGGCUACCUUAAAUCCUUUUUCACCGCCACCAAACUUAUCAACAAACAAGUCUUGGACACCUGAUUCUGACCCAUUUGGGAAGCUGGAGGACUCGGAACCAGAUAUAUCUAGAUUGAAUACGGGUACUAUGGAUUCAAGGCGUAGUACUAUGGAGUCAAGGCAUAGUGUUUUUGCUGGUCUUCAUCUUGGAGGUAGCAUAGAAGCAGUCGAUGUUCCGAGUGACAUUCAUAUAGCCGAUGCUCCUGUGGAAAAUGAUGUCGAGUUGGAGGGUGAUGAUGAUUGGGCACAGGUUGAGAAACUGCUGGUGUCAGUCGACGACGUGUCUGGUGAAUUGGUGGACUCUUUGUACUCGCCGUUGGAAAUGCGUGAAUCAGAGUCUCUUAGUAAGAGCAUUGAAGAUUUGACUUCGAUAUUUGCAGGUCCAACAGGCAAGCUGCACAGCAUCGAAGAGUUUCUGGAAAGAUAUACUGGCCUGACGCAGUACGCGGAUGUAAUGGUGGCAAGCGGAUUUGAUGAAGUCGGCUUUUUGAGUAAUGGCAUCUUACAAGAGUCUGACCUUGAAACUAUUGGAAUUUCUCACCAAGACGACAGACACAAAAUUAUGCUGGCUAUUGAUAGUUUACCUAGCGAAUAUCAUAUGCUGUUACCCGACAAUGCUAAUAGCCUUGGUGAAUGGCUAAAUGCACUGAAACUGGCGCAAUACACUGCACUGUUCAUUCAGCAUGGAUUUACUAAUCUUGACAGUGUGAAGGGACUAUAUGGACUCGAACUGGAUCAGGUUUUGCCUAUUCAUUGUCUUGGUCAUAUAAGGAGAUUAUGUGCUGCCAUUUGUGCUCUCAAAGGAGUGAAGAAGAAAGUAGUGCCACAUUCUCCUCCUGCUGCGAGUUUAACCAAUAAGGAAACUGACGAAGAAUCGUUUCUUGCUGAUGUCGAGCCACGAUCUGAUAAAUUAUCUGCAAAUGUUUUACGAGAUUAUAGUCAAAUCAAGUCCAAAGCUUCACCUCAACUAUCCCAGAAAGCCCCAUCGAGGGAGGAACACAAAUUUGAUGCGACAGAUGUUGAUACUGCACUUGGUCCAAACUCUGAGGAGCGCCCUGAACGACUGCAAUCUGACCUCCCUACGAUCCGACCACCCCUGGUAGCUCAGCUAGCGUCUCGACGUCAAGCUGGUUGUCAGGAUGAACAAACGCAUUACUCCCCGUCUGAUGCGUGGCUUCAUCCUAUCAAAGUUCUUCUCAAAUCAAGUGCCAACUAUGUGGCCAAAUAUCGUGGGUCGAUGGUGGUGACAAAUGUGCAAGGCAAAGAGUCAACAAAACAAGCUUGUGCUAAGAUGAGAGAAUCAACAAGACACAUCAAGAAAGUGCCAUUAAUCGUUCUUGCUAUUUCAGCCAAAGGUAUAAAGUUUAUUGAUGGCGACUCCAAGAUGGUUAUUCAGGAGCAUGACAUUCGCAGCAUAUCAUACUGUACACAGGACAGAGAAGAUCUCUCCACAUUUGCAUACAUCAAUAAAGACCACAUCACAGGAAAACAUUAUUGCCACGUGUUCCAAGCUCAAACAAUAGGCGUAGCAGAUGACAUAAUAUUGACUAUCGGACAGGCGUUUGAGGUAGCAUAUCAGAAGAUAAUGCAAAUGAAGGCGAAACGUGAUGCGGCAAAAUUUGAAGCUCGUCUGGGAUUUCGGAAAGGACAGGGAUCAGCAUCGGUGAAAGUUAAAUCAUCCGAUCAGCACGCGGCAUCCAACAAACUAUCAACAAUGGGGCUUGGUCCCACCAACAACCCCAAGACAUUGUGAUUCAACACGAGCAAUUGUUGAUAUAAAAUAGGGAUAUGCAUCUUUGAUAUUCGAUUGACUAGGAGAGCCCUUAGUUGACUAGGAGAGCCCUUGUGUAACUCGGUGGAAGCCAGACAUUGGCAUACCUAUCACGUCUAAUCAAUUAAAUUGUUGAUAGUAAAGACUUCACUCGAAAAUUAGAUGUUGCUACACGGAUUUUUUAGAUGCAGGUUGCAGAUUUGUACUUGAAUUUGAAGGCGGUCGAGUCUGAGGGUAAAGCAUGCGGGACAUUUUUAGAUGGUUUUGUGUGGUAGGUGAUGAGUUUGAAGAAAGAUACAGUACUGCAAUUGUAUAAACCCAUGCAGCGUGUGUGUAUACUCAUACAACAGCUAGUGUGGCUCUACAGAUU